CGCCCUAUAUCGAAUGACCUUUGCGAAUUCGUUAAUUGUUUCCGGCUAAAAAUAGUCGCGUUUCCAGUUUAGCGAAGAUCGAUAUUGCGCUCUUUUAAUAGAUCCGACUAGUUAAAGUGGCCGUGCCCAGCAGAGGCCUGUUAUGUUUUCGUCGACGUCGUCGCCGAGAUGAAAAGCUCAAGUUUGACCUCGUCGUUACCAGAUUUAGAACGUGAAGCGCGACGAACGCCGUCGAAAGCCCAUUAGUUCGAAUACGCUCGCCACAGUGCGACGAUUGAUCGUUAGUGCGGUUCCAUCUGGCAACUGGGAAAACAACAUCGAAGUUCUGUGGGCAAAAUGAGCAAAGGACGCGACGUGCCUCCCCCUUAUGGCCCUCCGCCUGCGGCGCCUCCUAGUUAUGCCCAAGCAGUUGGAGGCGUCCCUCCAACAGCCCCCUACAUUCCAACCUACCACUUGCGGAAAGAUCCGGAGAUUCUCACCACCAUCGUACCAGUGGUGGGGCCCAACCCGACCCACAUGGUGUGUCCUCAUUGCAGCGCCGAAAUCGACACCAGCACGAAAUCGAAACCGGGAAUUAAGGCCUACAUUGCCAGCGCAGUCCUCUGCAUCAUAGGAUGUUUUUGUGGCUGCUGCCUGAUUCCCUGCUGCAUGGAACAGUGCAUGGACGUGACGCACAAUUGCCCCAACUGCGACACUUAUUUGGGCACCUACAAGAAGUAAUUUGGUGACCGUUUGAAUUAGUUAGCGCGGAAUAGGAACUCAUUUUGGACCAUUCUUCAUGUAAAACAUGUGCGCAUUUCAAGGCAAUUUUUCUGUAUAUAGUGAUUUGUUAAUGUAGGGCGCGGAUCUUAAGUGCAUUGACUCGAUUGCCACGUACGACUUAGAAUUGCCCGCCACCAGAGCACUGAGGUGCUGCAAUGGAGCGGUGUCAAGAGACAUUUUCUACUAAUUUCGGCCGUUAAUUCCAAAAUAGACCCCACUUAGACCGAAUAAAUUCUGUACUGUAUUCUGAAA